AUGAAAUCUGCCGCUAUAGCCGGGUCCUCGAAUCUGUGCAUGGAGCCGUUCCGGUAAAGUCAGUCUCAAAACCGCAGGGUAGAUGAGGCCGAACUUCACGCCCGGGCAGGCGUGUAGUUGGCGUUUCACAGCUCCAAAGCUAGCCCGCCUCUUAGCCACAGCUGUUGUGUAGUCCGCAAAUAUCGAGACUCUUUUACCCUUAUGUAGAAGAGGGGAUGCUUCUCCCGAUCUUCUCAGUAUGUCGUUGCGGACGUGAAGAAAUGCACCCUGAUGACAAAUGGUCGCGGGGGUUCUCCAUCCCUGGGUCGGCUACGCAGAGUGCGGUGAGCCCGGUCUAGCAAUGGCUUCUCCUCUAGCCCGAGCAGCUCCUGAAGUAGCUGGGCCAUGUACUCCGUGGGCCUUGGGCCCUCCACUCCCUCCGGUAUUCCCAGUAGACGAAUGUUGUUCCUCCGCAUUCUACUUUCCAUAUCUUUCGCAUCUAUUAUCGAGGAAUGCCACCCUAGUUGUCAAUGAGCCGACGUUUAGCCUCUAGCUCGCUAAUGCGAGUGCUGUGGUCUGUAGCACCUCGCUCCAAAUCCGAUAAAGUCACCCCAUGUGCGUCGAGCUUAUUCUGUAUACUCUCGAUAGAUUUUUUAAGCUCGUCUUUGAUCGUUGAUAUCUCUGACCUGAGAUUGGUAGAGAGACAGUCAAUUUUUUCCGAAAAUGUCGGUUUUGAGGGUGCCUAUCACGGAUUGCAGCAUCUCCACAGUCAGUGUUUCCGUGGGGCCGGCAUUGGCAGCGUUCGGUGGCGGGGGUGAGUCGGGAGAAGUUGCAGGCUUGCGCGGCCUGCUCUUGCAGACUCUGUUUUUGGCCGGGUUGAUGUCAUUACGAAUUUAAAUUUAUUAAACUUGAAACUGAGUUGUUUAUGGGUCUCUUCAGACGCCUGGGCAAACAGAAAUGUAUGCAAUUUUGCAAAGUUAAAUAUAUAAAUUUGGUCACUAAUUCAGGAGCGAUAGGGAGACGCGUGCUACAUCCUUGGCUUCCAACAGCGCCCCCCGACAGAGGAGCCUCUUAAAGAAGUUGUUACAGGUCUGUGAGAGCCAGAAAUCUUGCUUGUUUGUAGGUGACCAAACACUUAUUUUCCACCAUAAUUUGCAAAUAAAUUCAUUAAAAAUCCUACAAUGUGAUUUUCAGGAUUUUUUUUCUCAUUUUGUCUGUCAUAGUUGACGUGUACCUAUGAUGAAAAUUACAGGCCUCUCUCAUCUUUUUAAGUGGGAGAACUUGCACAAUUGGUGGCUGACUAAAUACUUUUUUUCUCCACUGUAUACAGGGGGGGGGUACCGGUGCAGAGUCAAUGUGCGGGGGCACCGGCUAGUUGAGGUAGUUGAAGUAAUAUGUACAUGUGGGUAGAGUUAAAGUGACUAUGCAUAAAUAAUUAACAGAGUAGCAGCAGCGUAAAAAGAUUGGGUGGGGGGGGGGGCAGUGCAAAUAGUCCGGGUAGCCAUGAUUAGCUGUUCAGGAGUCUUAUGGCUUGGGGGUAGAAGCUGUUGAGAAGUCUUUUGGACCUAGACUUGGCACUCCGGUACCGCUUGCCGUGCGGUAGCAGAGAGAACAGUCUAUGACUAGGGUGGCUGGAUUCUUUGACAAUUUUGAGGGCCUUCCUCUGACACUGCCUGGUAUAGAGGUCCUGGAUGGCAGGAAUCUUGGCCCCAGUGAUGUACUGGGCCAUACGCACUACCCUCUGUAGUGCCUUGCGGUCCGAGGCCAAGCAGUUGCCAUACCAGGCGGUGAUGCAACCAGUCAGGAUGCUCUCGAUGGUGCAGCUGUAGAAUUUUUUGAGGAUCUGAGGACCCAUGCCAAAUCUUUUCAGUCUCCUGAGGGGGAAUAGGCUUUGUCGUGCCCUCUUCACGACUGUCUUGGUGUGUUUGGACCAUGAUAGUUUGUUGGUGAUGCGGACACCAAGGAACUUGAAGCUCUCAACCUGUUCCACUACAGCCCCGUCGAUGAGAAUGGGGGCGUGCUCAGUCCUCUUUUUUUUCCUGUAGUCCACAAUCAUCUCCUUUGUCUUGGUCACGUUGAGGGAGAGGUUGUUAACCUGGCACCACACGGCCAGGUCUCUGACCUCCUCCCUAUAGGCUGUCUCAUCGUUGUCGGUGAUCAGGCCUACCACUGUUGUGUCAUCGGCAAACUUAAUGAUGGUGUUGGAGUCGUGCCUGGCCAUGCAGUCAUGGGUGAACAGGGAGUACAGGAGGGGACUGAGCACGCACCCCUGAGGGGCCCCCGUGUUGAGGAUCAGUGUGGCAGAUGUGUUGUUACCUACCCUUACCACCUGGGGGCGGCCCGUCAGGAAGUCCAGGAUCCAGUUGCAGGGGGAGGUGUUUAGUCCCAGGAUCCUUAGCUUAGUGAUGAGCUUUGAGGGCACUAUGGUGUUGAAUGCUGAGCUGUAGUCAAUGAAUAGCAUUCUCACGUAGGUGUUCCUCUUGUCCAGGUGGGAAAGGGCAGUGUGGAGUGCAAUAGAGAUUGCAUCAUCUGUGGAUCUGUUGGGGCGGUAUGCAAAUUGGAGUGGGUCUAGGGUUUCUGGGAUAAUCGUGUUGAUGUGAGCCAUGACCAGCCUUUCAAAGCACUUCAUGGCUACAGACGUCAGUGCCAUGGGUCGGUAGUCAUUUAGGCAGGUUAUCUUAGUGUCCUUGGGCACGGGGACUAUGGUGGUCUGCUUGAAACAUGUUGGUAUUACAGACUCAGUCAGGGACAUGUUGAAAAUGUCAGUGAAGACACUUGCCAGUUGGUCAGCACAUGCUCGGAGUACACGUCCUGGUAAUCCAUCUGGCCCUGCGGCCUUGUGAAAGUUGACCUGAUUAAAAGUCUUACUCACAUCGGCUACGGAUAGCGUGAUCACAUAGUCAUCUGGAACAGCUGGUGCCCUCAUGCAUGCUUCAGUGUUGCUUGCCUCGAAGCGAGCAUAGAAGUGGUUUAGCUCGUCUGGUAGGCUUGUGUCACUGGGAAGCUCACGGCUGUGCUUCCCUUUGUAGUCUGUAAUAGUUUUCAAGCCCUGCCACAUCCGACGAGCGUCAGAGCCGGUGUAGUACGAUUCAAUCUUGGUCCUGUAUUGACUCUUUGCCUGUUUGAUGGUUCGUCGGAGGGCAUAGUGGGAUUUCUUAUAAGCGUCCGGGUUAGAGUCCCGCUCCUUGAAAGUGGCAGCUCUACCCUUUAGCUCAGUGCGGAUGUUUCCUGUAAUCCAUGGCUUCUGGUUGGGGUAUGUACGUACGGUCACUGUGGGGACGACAUCAUCGAUGCACUUAUUGAUGAAGCCAGUGACUGAUGUGGUGUACUCCUCAAUGCUAUCUGAAGAAUCCCGGAACAUGUUCCAGUCUGUGCUAGCAAAACAGUCCUGUAGCUUAGCAUCUGCAUCAUCUGACCACCUUUUUAUUAACCGAGUCACUGGUGCUUCCUGCUUUAGUUUUUGCUUAUAAGCAGGAAUCAGGAGGAUAGAGUUAUGGUCAGAUUUGCCAAAUGGAGGUUGAGGGAGAGCUUUGUAUGCGUCUCUGUGUGUGGAGUAAAGGUGGUCUAGAGUUUUUUUUCCUCUGGUUGCACAUUUAACAUGCUGGUAGAAAUUAGGUAGAACGGAUUUAAGUUUCCCUGCAUUAAAGUCCCCGGCCACUAGGAGCGCUGCCUCUGGAUGAGCGUUUUUCCUGUUGACUUAUGGCCUUAUACAGCUCAUUCAGUGCAAUCUUAAUGCCAGCAUUGGUUUGUGGUGGUAAAUAGACAGCUAUGAAAAAUAUAGAUGAAAACUCUCUUGGUAAAUAGUGUGGUCUACAGCUUAUCAUAAGAUACUCUACCUCAGGUGAGCAAAACCUCGAGACUUCCUUAGUAUUUGAUUUUGUGCACCAGCUGUUGUUUACAAAUAAACACAGACCGCCACCCCUUGUCUUACCGGAGUCAGCCGUUCUAUCUCGCCGAUGUAGCGUAUAGCCCGCUAUGCUAUCCAUGUCGUCGUUCAGCCACGACUCGGUGAAACAUAAGAUAUUACAGUUUUUAAUGUCCCGUUGGUAGGAUAACCGUAAUCUUAGGUCAUCCAAUUUAUUUUCCAAUGAUUGAAGAUUGGCUAAUAGGAUUGAUGGGAGCGGCAGUUUACUCGUUCGCCGUCGGAUCCUUACAAGGCACCCGACCUACGUCCACGAUAUCUCCGUCUCUUCCUCAUGCGAAUGACAGGGAUUUGGGCCUUGUCGGGUGUCUGUAGGAUAUCCUUCGCGGCCGCCUCGUUGAAGAAAAAUUAUUCGUCCAAUACGAGGUGAGUGAUCGCUGUCCUGAUAUCCAGAAGAGACGAUGGCAGAAACAUUAUGUACAAAAUAAAUCACAAAUAACGCGGAAAAACUCUCCGGCGCCAUUCUGAGCAAGGUGCACCUGCGUAAUGAUCAUGCUGUUUAAUCAGCUUCUUGAUAUGCCACACCUGUCAGGUGGAUGGAUUAUCUUGGCAAAGGAGACAUGCUCACUAACAGUGAUGUAAACAAAUUUCUGCACAAAAUUGGAGAGAAUUUGUGCGUAUGGAACAUUUCUGGGAUCUUUUAUUUCAGCUCAUUAAAUAUGGAACCAACACUUACAAUGUUGCGGUUAUAUAUUUUUUCAGUAUAAAAUGAUAGAGAACAAGCUAUGAAAGAAGGUACUGGAGUUUUUGGUGCAGGUACAGUCAACUAGCGCAAAAACUAUAUUCCGAUAUUAUCAAAACGAUACGAUAUUGUAAAAAAAGAUUUUUCCCCCCAUCACUACUUUUGACAUUAAGACACAUGAGCACAUCCUUGCGUGCAUUUUCACACACUCUGCUGCACACUGGGGUAUCGCCAUUCAUUUCAUUGGAGUCGCUGCUGUCUGUUUCACGGAUUGGAGGACGUUUGUUUUGUUACCCUUCUGCAGGGGGGCCUCUGAUUGGCUGAAUCUGUGCUGUCUGGGCCUAAUAUCUGUCAGGGACUUCACCCUCCAUGUGGGGUAAGCCAUGUCAUAAGGCAUAUCAUUAAUUUCGGCGAAUAAACAAAAUGAUUUGUCCAAAGCCCUAGAAGGGAGAUGGGUAACUUCCUGACUUAUCAGCAGUCAGACUUUAUGACAGCAUCUUUCCCACAUACAGUGUGUAAUUUAGAAUAUAAUAAAAUACAACUUUAUUGUCCAUCCAGGAUGGACAUUUUUCUUAGAGGUUAUUAGUCAUUUGUUUUGAUGUAAAAGGAUAGUCCUAUUAAAUUGGUGCAUAGAGGUAAACACAUUCUGUCCCAAGGAAGACUAGGAUGGAAGGGGUGCUCAGAGAAGUGCUUACACAAAUUUAGAAGCAUGACUCUGACUUGCAGCCAUGUAGAACUUCCUCAUUAUAGAGGGUAAAGGGUUGCAUUGAGCAAGGCUGAGGUGCAGUGUGUUUUACACAGCAUUUUCUGGCUGUUCUUUUUAAUGUCUCUCUGAAAUGGCCAGAAGCCAUGAUGAGCACCACUGCUCCCAGGUCGGAACUCUGUGUUUGCAGUUUAACCUAGGACUGACGGCUAAUUGGAUGAAUCAGUUUGGAGGGAGGGGAUGAAUGGUGCAGGUUACAGGCUGUUGUAGCAAGGCCAUUGUCAUGAACAUGACAUCACCCUCUUUGAACUCUUAGGAUAGAACCAAGCAUCCUGAUUAGUCAAUAUCAAGGCCUCAACAUGUGGUUUUACUCUGUAUGAACAGCCAGUGUUAUUACCUAAAUAGUCUGAACUCUGAACCCUCAUCCUGAUAACUAACACAUCAUGAUCUAAUAUUUGAUAUAAUAACUGCUCUAAUAAUGUAUGUGGAAUUGGAUAGGAUAUCAGAUAUUUAUGGUCUUAUAACAGUUUUUAGCCAUCUAAAGUGUUAGUUUUCUACUUUUGUUUUUGAAGAUCAAUGUAGAAUACUGACAAUCUCUCUCCCCUGCGUGUUCCAGAUAUGUCCUAAUGGGCAGAUUGAAGAGGAUCCUCCUGUUGGUGCUGGGAGUCUACAUAACCAUCCCCUUCAUCGUCAAACUAUGCCCCUCCAUUCAGGCAAAAAUUGUAUUUUUGAAUUUUGGUGAGUAGAUGAAACCAAUAAGGCAUGUUCUGUUGUAUUGUUUUUUUAUGGGAGUCUAAAUAAGCUUGCUCCAUCAGUUAGCUCUGGCCAAUGGGUAUUUCACCUGGUAGGUGUGGAUACUUGUAGCUCUACUCAUUUAGUAAGUGUGCAAUACUGCUUACAUAAGCAACGGUGCAUGUGUUAGUGUGUGAGAGUGCACAUGUGAACCUGCUCAUCACCUGAAACACAGCAGCACGCCAACUCCAGACGGAGGCAGUUAAGAUACUUUGCCAAGAUACUCCUGAGUGGCGCAGUGGUCUAAGGCACUGCAUCGCAGUGCUAACUGUGCCACUAGAGAUCCUGGUUCGAAUCCAGGCUCUGUCGCAGCCGGCCGCGACCGGGAGACUCAUGGGCGGCGCACAAUUGGCCCAGCGUCAUCCAGGGUAGGGGAGGGAAUGGCCGGCAGGGAUGUAGCUCAGUUGAUAGAGCAUGGCGUUUGCAACGCCAGGGUUGUGGGUUCGCUUCCCACGGGGGGCCAGUAUAAAAAAAAAAUGUAUUCACUAACUGUAAGUCGCUCUGGAUAAGAGCGUCUGCUAAAUGACUAAAAAUGUAAAUGUAAAAUGUUAAGAGAGGGUGGAUAUUCCACCUGCAAGGGUACAAUACAAAGCUCCCACCGCUCUCUCCCUCCGUCUGAUAUGCAUUAUAGGUGUGUAACUGUAGCAGUUUCAUGCAUUUUAGGUAGGAACAGGCAAGAUUACACCUAAAACAUUGAUGGGUCGGUCAGUAGCAUUGAUUUGGAGUGCCAGUUGUGGGCUGUGACCACAGCUGAUUCUAACUUGUAGCUACGUGGUUUCAACCAAUCGGUAUCCAGGACGAGAACUACCCGUUGUAUAACAUUGUAACAUUUAAUAGGGUGUCCAAUCAAAAACGUAUAUUUUGACCAAUGAAAUAAUGUUAAUUGUGUAUAUACUCCACCGGCCUUCUAGCCACUGCCACUCCUCUUCUCAUCAUUCCAUUUGUUUUGUCUUGUUUUUACUCACACCUGGUUCAUAUCCCCUCAUCAGUCCCUGUAUAAGUAUUCCCUCUGGCCCCCAUGUCUUUGUGUGUGAUUGUUUCCAUGUGGAGGUGUCGUUAGCUUGGUGGAGCAUUAUGUACUUUAUCGAACCGCUGUAUUGGCCGAAUGAACCAUUAUUCUGUGAUUUACACCUCCUGCGCCUGACUUCGUCCAAAUCACCCGCUACAGAAUCACAUACCCAAUAUCAUGGAGUCAGCAGGAGCGGGGAAUAUGCCUGGAGUCUUUGAGCGGCUCCGGGAGCAUUCCACCAUGUUAGCCAGAUUGGGCGAAGCGAUGGAUCGGGUUCUCCAGGCCCUCCAGCGCCUGGAGAGGAGAGGACACGACCCUAAGGAACCAGCUGAGCGACCGGAUCCAGCCACCCAGACACAAGCACCCAGAGGUAUUCACCUGUCUCGACCGAGGGAAUACGACGGGACAGUGCCCCACUGCCAGGGUUUCCUCCUGCAGCUGGACCUCUAUUUCCACACCAUCAGCCCUGCUCCAUCGGAUCGGGAGAAGGUGUGCGCCCUCGUCUUCUGCCUCUCGGGGAAAGCCCUGGAGUGGGCCAACGCGGUCUGGAGUGAAGGAGGAGACGCGUUGGACAACUACGGAGAGUUUGCUUGCCUCUUCCGGGCAGUCUUCGAUCAUCCCAAAUAAAUGCUUCACAGAGUUCAAGUAACAGACACAUCUCAACAUCAACUGUUCAGAGGAGACUGUGUGAGUCAGGCCUUCAUGGUUGAAUUGCUGCAAAGAAACCACUACUAAAGGACACUAAUAAUAAGAAGAGACCUGCUUGGGCCAAGAAACACGAGCAAUGGACAUUAGACCAGUGGAAAUUUGUCCUUUGGUCUGGAGUCCAAAUUUGAGAUUUUUGGUUCCAACCGGCGUGUCUUUGUGAGACGAGGUGUGGGUGAACGGACGAUCUCCGCAUGUGUAGUUCCCACCGUAAAGCAUGGAGGAGGUGUUAUGGUGUGCUUUGCUGGUGACACUGUCUGUGAUUUAUUUAGAAUUCAAGGCACACUUAACCAGCAUGUUUACCACAGCAUUCUGCAGCAAUAUGCCAUCGCAUCUGGUUUGGGCUUAAUGGGACUAUCAUUUGUUUUUCAACAGGACAAUGACCCAACACACCUCCAGGCUGUGUAAGUGCUAUUUUACCAAGAAAGAGAGUGAUGGAGUGCUGCAUCAGAUGACCUGGCCUCCACAAUCCCCCGACCUCAACCCAAUUGAGAUGGUUUGGGAUGAGUCGGACGGCAGAGUGAAGGAAAAGCAGUCAACAAGUGCUCAGCAUAUAUGUGGGAACUCCUUCAGGGCUGUUGGAAAAGCAUUCCAGCUGAAGCUGGUUGAGAGAAUGCCAAGAGUGUGCAAAGCUGUCAUCAAGGCAAAGGGUGGCUAUUUGAAGAAUCUCAAAUAUAAAAUACAUUUUGAUUUGUUUAACACCUUUUUGGUUACUACAUGAUUCCAUGUGUUAUUUCAUAGUUUUUGAUGUCUUCAUUAUUAUUCUGCAAUGUAAAAAUUUUUAAAAAUAAAGAAAAACCCUUGAAUGAGUAGGUGUGUCCAAACCUUUGACUGGUAGUGUAGGUCUGUGAAGGAAGUGGAUGGUCAGAGAGUGGUGUGGCGCAAAAACAAUUCUGGGGCCCGUAGUUUUUCCUGAUCUUCUUACCUAACCAGGUAAAACUCCGGACUUUAUAUGGUAUGACAUGAUUAAUCUGUAGCACAUUUUUUAAAUAUGGGCUAUGAUGAGAGCAGAGUAUUUCUAAUCAGGUCACAUGAGGAGGAUGAAACCCCUGUCCAACUGCAGCAACCGUGUACUUGUUCAUAUUAAUUAUAUUUUAAAGAAGGACUAGGGGGGGGUUCCUAUACACAGACUGAAAAAAAGUAUUGUUUCCAUGCAACACAGCAUGUCAGAUCGCUAAUGUUUAGGUUUGGAUAGGCUGCUACAUUUACAGUAUGUAACAGUUUUUGCUUGUCUGUUGGGAGUGAUGAGUUAUCACGCUUGCCAAAUGAAUACUGGAGGAAAGUGGAGAGCGCGCCUUGAGCUUUGUCCACCCGCGACCUGCGAUUUCCAUGAAUCUGAUUGGUCAAGACACGCAAAGAGCCUGCAGCAGCACUCCGAUGUGAAGGACAGAGAAAUUGUGCGAGAGUUGACAAAUCAUGAAGCAAAAUGUUCUAAAAAACAGCACUUUGCCCCUCUUUUUAACACUUUAUGUCAAUAUAUUUUAUUAAACUAAAUCAAGUGGUGUGGUGCUGCCACACAUGAUUUGAAAAGUGCUGUGGCAAAUGCCGCCCGUCACACGUUUUCCGGCGGCCCUAGAAUGGUGAUUUGUGACUGUCUUGUAUAACAUUAUAGAGUGGAAAGAGGCAGAGUGCUGCUAUUUCUGGAGCAUCUGUCUCAUCGAUUUUUGCUGUGCUGCUGCUUUGUCAGUGAUAUCUUAUUGUUUUAACAGAUCUAACACAGCUUCUCUGUCUACCCAACCCUACCCCCUGCAGUGAGGCUGCCCUAUUUCAUUGACCUGAAAAGGCCGCAGGACCAUGGCCUGAACCAUACAUUCAACUUCUACCUUCAGCCAGAGAUGGGCAUCAACAUUGGUGUAUGGUGAGAAGACACACACACACUUCAGCUGUUUUGCUAAGACUGUGUGGGAUGGAUCUCCCUCUCUCUCUCUCUCUCUCUCUCUCUCUCUCUCUCUCUCUCUCUCUCUCUCUCUCUCUCUCUCUCUCUCUCUCUCUCUCUCUCUCUCUCUCUCUCUCUCUCUCUCUCGUCUAUGGUCGAACUAAAGAGGAACACGGAACACGACAGAAACCUCAGAGCGAUGCUGCAAAGGUCCCGCGAGCGAGGAGUCUGGCUCAACCCCAAGAAGAGCACAGUCGGCGCUACAGAGGUCAGCUACUUUGGACAUCUUCUCACAGCGAAUGGAAUCAAGCCAAAUCCGCAGAAGAUCUCAGCCAUAAAGGAAAUGUAGCCACCAAAGAACCGCGCAGAGCUGGAAACAGUGCUUGGCAUGGUCAACUACUUAGCCAAGGUCGCACCCAGCCUCUCCAAUGCUAAUGCACGCCUGCGUCAGCUGCUAAAGUAAUCCAGUGAGUUCCUCUGGGAAAAGCAACACAACAUCGCUUUCCAGAAAGUGAAAGACUUGAUCACGAGAGAACCAGGACCAAUCCUUGCCUACUACAACCGCAACAAAGAGCUCAGACUCCAAGUGGAUGCGUCGAAGUAUGGACUAGGUGCAGUGCUACUGCAAGAAGGAAAACCCAAUGGCUACGCUUCCAAAUCUCUCACAGACUGUGAAAUCAACUACGCUCAAAUCGAAAAGGAGCUGUACGCCAUUCUGUUCGGAUGUAAGCGUGUCUAUGGACGACAAGUAAUUGUGGAAUCCGACCACAAGCCUCUCGAGUCUCUCUCUCUCUCUCUCUCUCUCUCUCUCUCUCUCUCUCUCUCUCUCUCUCUCUCUCUCUCUCUCUCUCUCUCUCUCUUUCUCCAAUUCAAUUCAAAGUGCUUUAUUGGCAUGGAAAACAUGUUUUAGAUUGCCAAAGCAAGUGGAAUAGAUAAUAAACAAAAGUGAAAUAAACAAUCAGAAAUGAACAGUAAACGUUUACACUCAUAAAAGUUUCAAAAGAAUAGAGACAUUUCAAAUAUAACAUUUCUGUCAGUGUUGUAACAAUGUGCAAAUACACUACAUGACCAGAAGUAUGUGGACACCUGCUUGUCGAACAUCUCAUUCCAAAAUCAUGGGCAUUAAUAUGGAGUUGGUCUCUCCUUUGCUGCUAUAAUAACAGCCUCUACUCUUCUGGUAAGGCUUUCCACUAGAUGUUGGAACAUUGCUGCGGGGACUUGCUUCCAUUCAGCCACGAGCAUUAGUGAGGUCGGGCACUGAUGUUGGGCGAUUAGGCAUGGCUCGCAGUUGGCGUUCCAAUUCAUCCCAAAGGUGUUCAUGGGGUUGAGGUCAGGGUUCUGUGCAGGCCAGUCAAGUUCUUCCACACCGAUCUUGACAAACCAUUUCUGUAUGGACCUCGCUUUGUGCACGUGGUCAUUAUCAUGCUGAAACAGGAAAGGGCCUUCCCCAAACUGUUGCCACAAAGUUGGAAGCACAGAAUCGUCCAGAACGUCAAAUAAUAAAAUGUAGUACGACAGGAUCUUUCUAAACGUAGCUCUUUAUUUGCUAGCUAUAACGGGCAUGUUCAUGUGUCUCCGGCCAUGAUCAUCUGAAUAUGACCUCUCCACCUGGGCAAUGACAUCUCAACAUUUAAAACAAAUACAAUACCAAAGCAUUUCAAGUUAACUUUUCAAUAACAAGUUUACAGUCUGGAACUCUUUUAGGGCAGCGAUCCGCCUACACCCAUUGACAUUUCACAGGUCUAGGACAGCUCUAGGUUUGACCUCUCUUCCUGACCUUGUGUGAUAUGAAGCAGAGCAUGCUUCUGUGUCAGUCAACAGUUCUUGAAGUGUUGCAGGUAAGUAUGGUGUAUGUUGUGUGUGUGUGUGUUUAGUCCAUCACGUUCUCUUUCAGGAGAACAGUUCAUCUCAUCAGUGUGUUGUUCUUUUGUGUUCAGUAGGUGACAACGAUUGCGGCGGUACAGCGCUCCUUCUGUGGUGCGAACAUGAUAUGAACGUUCAGUGUCAGCUGGUUGGAUGACGACUGCUGGCUUCCAGUAGCCAUGCUCCUGGAUUCUAACUGACUCUCCAUCGUUCAGUGGUGGCAGUGGUCUAGCUGACCUGUCAUGGUAUCGCUUUUGGUGUUGUUGUCUCUGUGCACGUUUUGCAUGCAUUUCCUUGUAGCUGACAACCUCAGGUUGCAGCUGCUGGUUGGAGCUGGGAAGGAUUGAGCGAAGUCUGUGGCUCAUCAACAGCUGGGCUGGUGAUUUGAAGUUGUCAACUGGAGUGUUUUUGGUAUUCAAGGAGGCUGAGGUAGGGGUCUCUCUUGUCUGCUUUUGCGUUUUCCAUGAGUGAUUUAGCAAUCUGCACAGGCCAUUACUUUGAGGGUAAUGUGGGCUUGUGGUGAUGUGUGUGAACUCCCAUGCUUUUGUGAAGGAUUCAAACUCAUUUGAUUUGUAACAGGGGCCAUUGUCAGAUAUUACAUUCUCUACAAUGCCAUGCCUGGCAAAGGCUGCUUUCAGCUUGUGUAUCACAGCUGCAGAUGUGCUGCUGUGAAGCUUGUCGAGUUCAAUGUAUCUGCUGUAGUAGUCCACUGUUAUGAUGUAGUCCUCGUUGUUCCAGGUGAACAGAUCGGUUGCCACGACCUGCCAGGGUCGGUCUGGGAUACAGUGAGGUAACAUUGGCUCUUUGGUGUUUGAGGGGCGUCGUUCAAGACAGGUGGGGCAUUUACCAUGUCCUCUAUUUGUUUGCACAUUCCGUGCCAAAACAAAAUGUCACGUGCUCUCUGUUUGCACUUUUCCAUGCCCAUGUGUCCAGCAUGGAUCUUUGUCAAAAUCUCUUCUCUGAGACUGGUAGGAAUGAUGAUGAUUUUCUCUCCUUUGAAAAUGAUUCUGUUGAUCUGUGAUACUUCAUCAUGAUGGUUCCAGAACUCCGAGACGUUCGGAGGGGAUUUUCUCCUCUCCUCAGGCCAUCCUGACUCUAUGACUUUCCUCAGCUGUGUGAGUUGUGUGUCUUUUUCUGUUUCUGCUCGGAUCUCCUUCUGUUUUGUGUCACUAACUGGUAAGUUGCUGUACAUAGUGUGCACCUGCAUGUCCAUGCCUUCACUGAGGCUGCUGGCCUUGUAGGUAAAAAACUUCCUGGAGAGUGUGUCUGCGACAGGGAUGUCUUUGCCUGGACGGUGAGGGAAGAUUAAAUGUCAAUCAAAGAGUAAAUUGCUGAUGAACUGUUUAUUGAUUCAGUGACACAGAAAAGUCAGAUAUCAGAGACAAAGCAAGCCUUUGCUGACAUUGAGAUAGGAACACAAGGCACAGAGCUAAAGUUCAAACUAGACACUGGUGCACAAGUAAAUCAAAUCAAAUCAAAUCAAAUUUUAUUGGUCACAUGCGCCGAAUACAACAGGUGCAGACAUUACAGUGAAAUGCUUACUUACAGCCCUUAACCAACAGUGCAUUUAUUUUAAACAAAAAAGUAAGAAUAAAACAAUGAUUGGUAAUAAAACAAUGAAGUAAACAUUAUUCCUCUGAAUAAGUACCGCAACUUGACAUCUGAGUGCGAGCUACAGCCCACCACGCGCAGACUGACUGGUUAUGGUGGUGAACAGCUCCCAGUAAAAGGCACAUGCACUUUCAAAUGCAAAUACAAGGAAAGUGGCAUUUUUACAUUGUUGACACUCGAGCACCUGCAGUGCUAGGCCUUAAGGCAUAUUUAGACAUGGACCUCAUCAAGCUAGUUUUAUCAGUGACAGCACCAGUAGAGACAGAGAAUGUCAUGGAGGAGUUUGCUGAUAUUUUUACAGGAAUAGGACUAUUCCCAGGAGAAUGUACCAUUCACCUUGACCCAGACGCAACCGCUGUGGUCUACCCACCGAGAAAGAUUCCCUUGCUUGGAGCAUGGAGCAGUCUGACAUCGUCACCAAGGUUACAGGACCGACGGAUUGGGUCAACGCGUUAGUGGUGGUGGAGAAACCACGCACCGGCAAGCUCAGAGUAUGUCUCGACCCAAGAGACUUGAACAAGGCUAUCAAACGCCCCCAUUACCCCUUACCCCUUACCGACGCUAUAUGGCAUCACACACAAGCUAGCGGGCGCACGCUACUUCAGUGUCAUGGACGCCAGAUCAAGCUACUGGGAUAUCAAGCUCACAGAAGAGUAAUCUAAGCUCACAACGUUCAACACACCAUUUGGACGCUACAGGUUUCGUCGCCUGCCUUUUGGGAUUAUCUCAGCCCAAGACCAGUUUCAGAUCGACGAGGUGUACGAAGGCCUUAACGGAGUUGUGGUAAUUGUGGACGACAUCCUUGUCUAUGGUCGAACUAAAGAGGAACACGACAGAAACCUCAGCGCGAUGCUGCAAAGGUCCCGCGAGCGAGGAGUCCGGCUCAACCCCAAGAAGAGCACAGUCGGCGCUACAGAGGUCAGCUACUUUGGACAUCUUCUCACAGCGAAUGGAAUCAAGCCAAAUCCGCAGAAGAUCUCAGCCAUAAAGGAAAUGGAGCCACCAAAGAACCGCGCAGAGCUGGAAACAGUGCUUGGCAUGGUCAACUACUUAGCCAAGGUCGCACCCAGUCUCUCCAAUGCUAAUGCACGCCUGCAUCAGCUGCUAAAGUAAUCCAGUGAGUUCCUCUGGGAAAAGCAACACAACAUCGCUUUCCAGAAAGUGAGAGACUUGAUCACGAGAGAACCAGGACCAAUCCUUGCCUACUACGACUGCAACAAAGAGCUCAGACUCCAAGUGGAUGCGUCGAAGUAUGGACUAGGUGCAGUGCUACUGCAAGAAGGAAAACCCAAUGGCUACGCUUCCAAAUCUCUCACAGACUGAAAUCAACUACGCUCAAAUCGAAAAGGAGCUGUACGCCAUUCUGUUCGGAUGUAAGCGUUUCCAUCAGUAUGUCUAUGGACGACAAGUAAUUGUGGAAUCCGACCACAAGCCCCUCGAGUCAAUCAUGAGGAAACCGCUAGCCGCAGCCCAGCCAAGGCUACAGAGAAUGAUCCUUCAACUACAAAAAUAAGACUUCACAAUCACUCACUGUAUGUACUGUUUUUCCAAGGUAAGCUCUGCACACUUUUGCAAAGUGAUUCCAUUUUCCACAUUUAGUACAGCCUUUAGCUGGGCAAUUUCCCUGUUCGCCAUGCACUUUGUAUCCACAAUAUCCACAUGUUUUGGGGCGUUUAGAGUCUGUGUCGCUGACUGUAACCCUUGAAAGUUACUGAGCUCUUCAAUACGGGCCAUUCUACUGCCAUUGUUUGUCUAUGGAGAUUGCAUGGCUGUGUGCUCGAUUUUAUACACCUUUCAGCAACGGUGUGGCUGAAAUAGCCAAAUCCACUAAUUUGAAGGGGUGUCCACAUACUUUUGUAUAUAUAGUGUAUGUGCUUGUCCUCUCCUUUGUUGAUUUAGGGGGCAUCUUAUAGAAAAAUAAAUAAAUAAAAAUUAAAGUCAGUAAUAACCAUUGUUAGCUUCUGAACAAACUGAGUAAAAACUCACAGACGACUAGAAAAAGCUCAAACCAAGUUUAUUCAACCCACUGGGUCAUACAGCUGCAAAGACAACAUACAAGUCACACAAGCACAUCUUUAUACCUCACAACUAGGCAGAGUUAUUUAGCAAAUAAGUGUUACAUUGUGUUAAGUGUUACAACUUAACCAUGAUCAUAUAUGUAAUUUGUGUGUCUUAAAGGUAAGUAAAAAUGUAUGACCUAAUACAUUUUGUCAUUACUACCACAUUCUGUCCUUACCAUCACAGUUCAUUAUGUGGUGGUAAUGACGUGUGGUGGGAAUUACAUUUUGACACUAUUUGGUCAUAAAUAGCAGGGAUUCUAGCAUGCUAACUCCAAUUGAACAGCUAGCAUACAAUGUAUCCUAAAUACACAUAAUUAAAACAGUUUCUCAAAUCUAACAUAAUUUGAUGAAAUUGUAGCCUAUUUGGUAAUGUCGUACAAAAAUAAUAUGAUCUUCUUAAGUCAUAUUUACCUUAAUUUUUCUAUCAUUUCCUGGCAUCAAAAUGUGAAUUUCCCUCCAUGACAUCAUGUGCUCCACUGUCACUAUUCAUAUCCAUGGUAACCAAGUACACAAACUUUAGAAAAAAAGUUAUUAUCAAAUCAAAUCAAAUCAAAUUGUAUUUGCCACAUGCGCCGAAUACAACAGGUGUAGAUAUUACAGUGAAAUGCUUACUUACAAGCCCUUAACCAACAAUGCAUUUUUUAAAGAUUUAUUUUUUAAAAAGUGUUAAGUAAAAAAGAUAAAAGCAAAUAACUAAAGAGCAGCAGUAAAAUAAAAUAACAGUAGGGAGGCUAUAUACAGGGAGGUACCGGUGCAGCGUUAAUGUGCGGGGGUACCGGCUAGUCGAGGUAAUUGAGGUAAUAUGUACAUGUGGGUAGAGUUCAAGUGACUAUGCAUGAAUAAUAAACAGAGUAGCAGCAGCGUAAAAGAGGGGGGUGGGGGUGGGGGUGGGGGGCAGUGCAAAUAGUCCGGGUAGCCAUGAUUAGCUGUUCAGGAGUCUUAUGGCUUGGGGGUAGAAGCUGUUGAGAAGCCUUUUGGACCUAGACUUGGCGCUCCGGUAACGCAUGCCUUGCGGUAGCAGAGAGAACAGUCUAUGACUAGGGUGGCUGGAUUCUUUGACAAUUUUGAGGGCCUUCCUCUGACACUGCCUGGUAUAGAGGUCCUGGAUGGCAGGAAUCUUGGCCCCAGUGAUGUACUGGGCCAUACGCACUACCCUCUGUAGUGCCUUGCGGUUGGAGGCCGAGCAGUUGCCAUACCAGGCAGUGAUGCAACCAGUCAGGAUGCUCUCGAUGGUGCAGCUGUAGAACUUUUUGAGGAUCUGAGGACCCAUGCCAAAUCUUUUCAGUCUCCUGAGGGGGAAUAGGCUUUGUCGUGCCCUCUUCAUGACUGUCUUGGUGUGUUUGGACCAUGAUAGUUUGUUGGUGAUGUGCACACCAAGGAACUUGAAGCUCUCAACCUGUUCCACUACAGCCCCGUCGAUGAGAAUGGGGGCGUGCUCAGUCCUCUUUUUUUUCCUGUAGUCCACAAUCAUCUCCUUUGUCUUGAUCACGUUGAGGGAGAGGUUGUUAUCCUGGCACCACACGGCCAGGUAUCGGACCUCCUCCCUAUAGGCUGUCUCAUCGUUGUCGGUGAUCAGGCCUACCACUGUUGUGUCAUCAGCAAACUUAAUGAUGGUGUUGGAGUCGUGCCUGGCCAUGCAGUCAUGGGUGAACAGGGAGUACAGGAGGGGACUGAGCACGCACCCCUGAGGGGCCCCCGUGUUGAGGAUCAGCGUGGCAGAUGUGUUGUUAUCUACCCUUACCACCUGGGAAGUCAGGAAGUCCAGGAUCCAGUUGCAGAGGGAGGUGUUUAGUCCCAGGAUCCUUAGCUUAGUGAUGAGCUUUGAGGGCACUAUGGUGUUGAACGCUGAGUUGUAGUCAAUGAACAGCAUUCUCACGUAGGUGUUCCUCUUGUCCUGGUGGGAAAGGGCAGUGUGAAGUGCAAUAGAGAUUGCAUCAUCUGUGGAUCUGUUGGGGCGGUAUGCAAAUUGUAGUGGGUCUAGGGUUUCUGCGAUAAUGGUGUUGAUGUGAGCCAUGACCAGCCUUUCAAAGCACUUCAUGGCUACAGACGUGAGUGCUACGGGUCGGUAGUCAUUUAGGCAGGUUAUCUUAGUGUCCGUGGGCACAGGGACUAUGGUGGUCUGCUUGAAACAUGUUGGUAUUACAGACUCAGUCAGGGACAUGUUGAAAAUGUCAGUGAAGACACUUGCCAGUUGGUCAGCGCAUGCUCGGAGUACAUGUCCUGGUAAUCCAUCUGGCCCUGCGGCCUUGUGAAUGUUGACCUGCUUAAAAGUCUUACUCAGAGAGCGUGAUCACAUAGUCAUCCGGAACAGCUGGUGCUCAAAUGCAUGCUUCAGUGUUGCUUGCCUCGAAGCGAGCAUAGAAGUGAUUUAGCUCGUCUGGUAGGCUUGUGUCACUGGGCAGCUUGCGGCUGUGCUUCCUUUUGUAGUCUGUAAUAGUUUUCAAGCCCUGCCACAUCCGACGAGUGUCAGAGCCGGUGUAGUACGAUUAAAUCUUAGUCCGGUAUUGACUCUUUGCCUGUUUGAUGGUUUGCCUGUUUGAUUGUUCGUCGGAGGGCAUUAUCAUGUAAUUUGUUUGUCGUGGGGGUAAUGACACAAUACUUAGAGACAGACUGUAUUUUGUGUAAAAAAUAAAUAAAAUAGGGCCUCCCAAGUGGCGCAGCGGUCUAAGGCACUGCAUCGCAGUGCUAGAGGCGUCACCACAGACACGGGUUCGAUCCCAGGCUGUGUCACAACCGGCCGUGAUCGGAAGUCCCAUAGGGCGGCGCACAAUUGGCCCAGCGUUGGGAGGGUUUGGCCGGGGGGCUUUACUUGGCUCAUCGUGUUCUAGCGACUUCUUGUGGCGGGCCAGGCGCCUGCAGGCGGACCUCGGUCGUCAGUUGAACGGUGUUUCCUUCGACACAUUGGUGCGGCUGGCUUGCAGGUUAAGCGGGCGGGUGUUAAGAAGCGUGGUUUGGCGGGUCAUGUUUCGGAGGACCUUCGCCUCCCGAGCCCGUUGGGGAGUUGCAGCGAUGAGACAAAAUCGAAAAAGGGGGUAAAUACCAAAAAUAUAUAAAUAAUAAUAAAGUAAAAUGGCUUAUGCACAUCUAAUAUGUAUAUAGUUUCCAUUUAUUUGACUCUUUUUUUAAAACAUUAAAUAUUGCAUUAAAUAUUUUCUCAUUAUCAAGACUUUUGUAAGUGUAAUACAUAGCAGAAUGUCAAAAGUCUGGGUGUGAGACAGGACAAAAACUGUGCAAAACAGUGAGAUCCAGACAUGAAAUGCUAUAGAAAAUAAAAUAAACAUAUGAAAAGCUGAAAAAAAGUUUAAGGUUAUUUUAGUCUCUACUUAAUGGAUGUGAAAUAAAACAAACUAAAUUAACAUUUCAUCUUAAAAAUCUAAUCCCGAGACACAAACAGGACCGUAUUUGCAAAAUCACCCUAUAUAUAAACUCAGCAAAAAAAGAAACACCCCUUUUUCAGGACCCUGUCUUUCAAUGAUAAUUUGUAGAAAUCCAAAUAACUUCACAGAUCUUCAUUGUAAAGGGUUUAAACACUGUUUCCCACACUUGUUCAAUGAACCAUAAACAAUUAAUGAACAUGCACCUGUGGAACGGUCGUUAAGACACUAACAGCUUACAGACAGUAGGCAAUUAAGGUCACAGUUAUGAAAACUUAGGACACUAAAGAGGCCUUUCUACUGACUCUGAAAAACACCAAAAGAAAGAUGCCCAGGGUCCUUGCUCAUCUGCGUGAACGUGCCUUAGGCAUGCUGCAAGGAGGCAUGAGGACUGCAGAUGUGGCCAGGGCAAUAAAUUGCAAUGUCCGUACUGUGAGACGCCUAAGACAGCGCUACAGGGAGACAGGACGGACAGCUGAUCGUUCUCGCAGUGGCAGACCACGUGUAACAACACCUGCACAGGAUCGGUACAGGAUGGCAACAACAACUGCCCAAGUUACACCAGGAACGCACAAUCCCUCCAUCAAUGCUCAGACUUUCCGCAAUAGGCUGAGAGAGGCUGGACUGAGGGAUUGUAGGCCUGUUGUAAGGCAGGUCCUCACCAGACAUCGCCGGCAACAACAUCGCCUAUGGGCACAAACCCACCGUCGCUGGACCAGACAGGACUGGCAAAAAGUGCUCUUCACUGACGAGUCGCGGUUUUGUCUCACCAGGGGUGAUGGUCGGAUUGGCGUUUAUCGCCGAAGGUACCCUUCCUGCAGGCUCAUCCUGACAUGACCCUCCAGCAUGACAAUGCCACCAGCCAUACUGCUCGUUACACCGAGGCCUGUACUCCGGAGCGGGAUCGAUUUGGAGGUGGAGGGUCCGUCAUGGUCUGGGGCGGUGUGUCACAGCAUCAUCGGACUGAGCUUGUUGUCAUUGCAGGCAAUCUCAAUGCUGUGCGUUACAGGGAAGACAUCCUCCUCCCUCAUGUGGUACCCUUCCUGCAGGCUCAUCCUGACAUGACCCUCCAGCAUGACAAUGCCACCAGCCAUACUGCUCGUUCUGUUACACCGAGGCCUGUACUCCGGAGCGGGAUCGAUUUGGAGGUGGAGGGUCCGUCAUGGUCUGUGGCGGUGUGUCACAGAAUCAUCGGACUGAGCUUGUUGUCAUUGCAGGCAAUCUCAAUGCUGUGUGUUACAGGGAAGACAUUCUCCUCCCUCAUGUGGUACCCUUCCUGCAGGCUCAUCCUGACGUGACCCUCCAGCAUGACAAUGCCACCAGCCAUACUGCUUGUUCUGUGCGUGAUUUCCUGCAAGACAGGAAUGUCAGUGUUCUGCCAUGGCUAGCGAAGAGCCCGGAUCUCAAUCCCAUUGAGCACGUCUGGGACUUGUUGGAUCGGAGGGUGAGGGCUAGGGCCAUUCCCCCCAGAAAUGUCAGGGAACUUGCAGGUGCCUUGGUGGAAGAGUGGGGUAACAUCUCACAGCAAGAACUGGCUAAUCUGGUGCAGUCCAUGAGGAGGAGAUGCACUGUAGUACUUAAUGCAGCUGGUGGCCACACCAGAUACUGACUGUUACUUUUGACCCCCCCUUUGUUCAGGGACACAUUAUUCAAUUUCUGUUAGUCACAUGUCUGUGGAACUUGUUCAGUUUAUAUCUCAGUUGUUGAAUCUUGUUAUGUUCAUACAAAUGUUUACACAUGUUAAGUUUGCUGAAAAUAAACGCAGUUGACAGUGAGAGGACGUUUCUUUUUUUACUGAGUUUAAAUAGUGUAGUUGAAGUACGAAAAAGGGAAAAUAAAUAGAUAUUGUUUGUAUUUACAAUAGUGUUUGUGCUUCACUGGUUGCCCUUCUGGCAACAGGUCACACAUCUUGCUGCUGUGAUGGCACACUGUGGAAUUUCCCUUAAUAAAUUAAGAUAUGGGAGUUUAUCCAAAUUAGGUUUUUUAAAUCUUCUUUUUUUGUGGGUCUGUGUAAUCUGAGGGAAAUAUGUGUCUCUAAUAUGGUCAUACAUUUGGCAGGAGGUUAGGAAGUUCAGCUCAGUUUGCACCUCAUUUUGUGGUCAGUGGGCACAUAGCCUGUCUUCUCUUGAGAGCCAGUCUGCCUACGGCGGACUCUCAAUAGUAAAGCUAUUCUCACUGAGUCUGUACCUAGUCAAAGCUCCUUAAGUUUGGGUCAGUCACAGUGGUCAGGUAUUCUGCCGCUGUGUAGUCUCUGUUUAGGGCCAAAUAGCGUUCUGGUUUGCUUUGUUUUUUGGUUAGUUUUUCCCAAUGUGUCAAGUUAUUAUAUUUUUGUUUUCUCAUGAUUUGGUUGGGACUAAUUCUCACUACCUCUCGUCUCUCACUCCCUCUCUCCUGCCCAUUAGGCCUCUAGCUGUCUCUCAUAGGAGUGUGAUAAACCACUCGUCUCUCACUCCCUCUCUCCUGCCCAUUAGGCCUCUAGCUGUUUCUCAUAGGAGUGUGAUAAACCUCUCGUCUCUCACUCCCUCUCUCCUGCCCAUUAGGCCUCUAGCUGUCUCUCAUAGGAGUGUGAUAAACCUCUCGUCUCUCACUCCCUCUCUCCUGCCCAUUAGGCUCUAGCUGUUCUCAUAGGAGUGUGAUAAACCUCUCGUCUCUCACUCCCUCUCUCCUGCCCAUUAGGCCUCUAGCUGUUUCUCAUAGGAGUGUGAUAAACCUCUCGUCUCUCACUCCCUCUCUCCUGCCCAUUAGGCCUCUAGCUGUCUCUCAUAGGAGUGUGAUAAACCUCUCGUCUCUCACUCCCUCUCUCCUGCCCAUUAGGCCUCUAGCUGUCUCUCAUAGGAGUGUGAUAAACCUCUCGUCUCUCACUACCUCUCUCCUGCCCAUUAGGCCUCUAGCUGUCUCUCAUAGGAGUGUGAUAAACCUCUCGUCUCUCACUACCUCUCUCCUGCCCAUUAGGCCUCUGGCUGUCUCUCAUAGGAGUGUGAUAAACCUCUCGUCUCUCACUCCCUCUCUCCUGCCCAUUAGGCCUCUAGCUGUUUCUCAUAGGAGUGUGAUAAACCUCUCGUCUCUCACUCCCUCUCUCCUGCCCAUUAGGCCUCUAGCUGUCUCUCAUAGGAGUGUGAUAAACCUCUCGUCUCUCACUACCUCUCUCCUGCCCAUUAGGCCUCUGGCUGUCUCUCAUAGGAGUGUGAUAAACAUCUCGUCUCUCACUCCCUCUCUCCUGCCCAUUAGGCCUCUAGCUGUCUCUCAUAGGAGUGUGAUAAACCUCUCGGCUCAAAAGCACUGACGCACAGCACACUACAUCCUGGGGAGAAGGCGCAGUGUGUGUAUUUGUAUCCAUGGGUGUGUGUGAGAAUGAGACUGUGACACUGUACCACAGGGGGUAGGACACAGAGGUCCCUGUGGAUGUUUACCGGCCCUGGGGGUUGGGGGGGGCUUGAGGCUAACUGGGGGACUUUGACCAUGGGAAGGGCAUGUUGUGCCCAGAAGAGUUUAGCAGUGUGGGUUGUGGUAGAUAGAAAGUAAAGGCUGAGGUGAUGAUAUGUAAAUUGACAUGUCUCUGUUCAGAGCUAUUCACUUAGAACAUGUGGGUGGUGUGUUCCAUUAUGUAAAACAUGUAGCUUACUCCCAUCUGAUUGUUCUUACAGUACACUCUGUGUUCUUGGUUACACUCAAAUACAAAUGAGGUAGAAGCGUCCUCUGUAGGUCAAUUGGUAGAGCAUGGAGCUUGUAACGCCAGGGUAGUGGGUUCGAUCCCCGGGACCAACCAUACUUAAAAAUGUAUGCACACAUGACUGUAAGUCGCUUUGGAUAAAAGCGUCUGCUAAAUGGCAUAUUAUUAUUAUUAAGCAUAUAUCAAACCAGUUUGGCUUGUGUGUCACAGGGGUUAAAGUUCUCCGUCACUGCGACUGAUUUCUGUCAUAUGUAUUUUUUUAUUUUUUCAAUUGAAUAGGAAUGGAAUUGGUCAAACCUGCAGUUUAAUACAAAAUUAUCUCAUUUCCUUAAAGCAUGAUGAUCAUUAUUAUUAUUAUUUAUUUAUUUAUUUUUACAUGAAAGGCGACGUUAACUUGGCCCCGCAGACAAUCGAUCUGAGUUAUGGGAUUUUUUGUUGUUGUUUAUUUUACCCCUGUGUCAAUCUGUCCCACCCCACACCUCUUAGUCUAUAGUUGGCCUCUAUGGUAUACAUUGAUUGCUUAUACCUUUCUCUUAUUUUUUGUCACUGCUCCUGUUCCCCCCCAGGCACACAGUCCCAUCCCAGAUGUGGAAGGAGGCUCAGGGGAAGGACAGAGAGUGGUAUGACAGUACCUUAAAAUCCCCCUAUCCAGUCAUGCUGUACCUUCACGGCAACGCGGGUACAAGGUGAUCACACAUUUGAUUUAAAAAGCACUUUUAAUUUGACUAUCUCAAAGUGCUACUCUAGCCUAGUACCCCUGGCCUACACCCUGCCUCUGGACUGUGACCUUAACUCACAUGACGACCAUCCACCUUCAAUUUUCGUUGUUGAAGCAGACUCACAACCUUUGAACUUGUACAUAGAAACGAUGCGCUCUUCAAAAUGGCUGUGAUAUGUGUGUGAGGAAUGCUUUACCUUUCACCUGGUUGAUAAACUUGUCCAUCCUGUCUGUUUCAGAGGAGGGGACCAUAGAGUUCAACUGUACAAGGUGAGAGGAUUUCAUUGCAGACACACUUGCAAUUGCUUCGCUUUUAUCCCACCCAUACUCUCUAUGUUGAGUACUGACCAACAAAUAGAAUUCAAUGUAUUGUUUGUGAAUUGACCUGCUUUCAGUCUGAUAACUGGAGUUGAGUUUGUUUCCCCUCCCCAGGUCCUUAGUGCAUUAGGCUACCAUGUAGUCACAUUUGAUUAUAGAGGUAAGAGGGGAUCUAUUUCUGUCUGCAAUGACAAUAUCACAAUACCCCUUUAAAAAUAUAAUCUGACCUGAGAACUUAAUUUAGGGGCUUUAUCUUUCAUACUUCUUUUGUUGUUCCAGGUUGGGGUGAUUCAGACGGGAGCCCCUCUGAGAGAGACAUGACGUCAGAUGCCCUGUUCCUCUACCAGUGGGUGAUGGAGAGGGUGGGGAGCAAACCCCUCAACGUCUGGGGCCACUCGCUGGGAACAGGGUAGGAACACUCUACAGACAGACAUCCGUCUCUCCAUGACAUUCAUCUCAACAUUUCACAAAUUACAUUUGUGUAAAAUAAUGAAAAUGCAUGUAUGAUUAUGAACCAAGAAUGGGAUGAAAGUACUGUACUUUUGGCCAUGUAGUGUAUAUUGCAUUGAUGCAGAAAUUAACUUAUAUGUUGGGUGAAUUUGUUUGUACCAGUAGAUCAGUCAAUUUACAGUAACUACUUUUAAUUAAUAUUUUUUCUAUUUUUCCAGGGUGGCCACUAACCUAGUCAGACGUCUGUGUAACAUAGGUAAGCAUCUGCUCAUUAAGGCUAUGACUACACACCUACUAUGCUAAAUAUAGCCUUGAUUUAUGUAGCCUUUAGUGAGUGCAGGUGCUGGGUGUAUCACCCAAAAAAAGGUUUUAGAUAAACAACAGUUCACAGGUAGCAUUCUUAGAAUUAUUGUGGUGUUAUAUACCUGUACCAUUCUUAGAGUAAUUAAAAAGUGGGCUAACUUACUUUAUUGUGUUGGGGAUUUAGAGAGCCUGGUUUGGAGUCCAGGGAGGGAUUAUGAAAAGUUUGACCAAAUAUUUUGACACUCCAUUUAUGUAAAGUUAAGUUUGAGGGCCACAUAUGCUUAGGUUCGCCAUGGACUUUUACAAGCUUUCCUCACCCAAUGUCCAGUACAGAUUGAACAUAAUAAGCAUAUCCUAAUACAAUAUUAUGCUUCUUCCCAUUUUCAAGUAUAUUCGAUCACUAGUCAGAUCCUAGCAAGUGAGAGAAACAUUAACUCAGACUUUGUGUUGUAUACUACUGGAGGCGCUAACUCAUUGGCUGUUGGACUCAACACACCACAGACACAAGGCUCCUCUUCCAGUGGUACAGUGGGGAGAACAAGUAUUUGAUACACUGCCGAUUUUGCAGGUUUUCCUACUUACAAAGCAUGUAGAGGGCUGUAAUUUUGAUCAUAGGUACACUUCAACUGUGAGAGACGGAAUCUAAAACAAAAAUCAAGAAAAUCACAUUGUAUGAUUUUUAAGUAGUUCAUUUGCAUUUUAUUGCAUGACAUAAGUAUUUGAUACAUCAGAAAAGCAGAACUUAAUAUUUGGUACAGAAACCUUUGUUUGCAAUUACAGAGAUCAUAUGUUUCCUGUAGGUCUUGACCAGGUUUGCACACACUGCAGCAGGGAUUUUGGCCCACUCCUCCAUACAGACCUUCUCCAGAUCCUUCAGGUUUCGGGGCUGUCGCUGGGCAAUACGGACUUUCAGCUCCCUCCAAAGAUUUUCUAUUGGUUUCAGGUCUGGAGACUGGCUAGGCCACUCCAGGACCUUGAGAUGCUUCUUACGGAGCCACUCCUUAGUUGCCCUGGCUGUGUGUUUCGGGUUGUUGUCAUGCUGGAAGACCCAUCCACGACCCAUCUUCAAUGCUCGUAAUGCGGGAAGGAGGUUGUUGGCCAAGAUCUCGCGAUACAUGGCCCCAUCCAUCCUCCCCUCAAUACGGUGCAGUCGUCCUGUCCCCUUUGCAGAAAAGCAUCCCCAAAGAAUGAUGUUUCCACCUCCAUGCUUCACGGUUGGGAUGGUGUUCUUGGGGUUGUACUCAUCCUUCUUUUUCCUCCAAACACGGCGAGUGGAGUUUAGACCAAAAAGCUAUAUUUUUGUCUCAUCAGACCACAUGACCGUCUCCCAUUCCUCCUCUGGAUCAUCCAGAUGGUCAUUGGCAAACUUCAGACGGGCCUGGACAUGCACUGGCUUGAGCAGGGGGACCUUGCGUGCGCUGCAGUAUUUUAAUCCAUGACGGCGUAGUGUGUUACUAAUGGUUUUCUUUGAGACUGUGGUCCCAGCUCUCCUCAGGUCAUUAACCAGGUCCUGCCGUGUAGUUCUGGGCUGAUCCCUCACCUUCCUCAUGAUCAUUGAUGCCCCACGAGGUGAGAUCUUGCAUGGAGCCCCAGACCGAGGGUGAUUGACCGUCAUCUUGAACUUCUUCCAUUUUCUAAUAAUUGCGCCAACAGUUGUUGCCUUCUCACCAAGCUGCUUGCCUAUUGUCCUGUAGCCCAUCCCAGCCUUGUGCAGGUCUACAAUUUUAUCCCUGAUGUCCUUACACAGCUCUCUGGUCUUGGCCAUUGUGGAGAGGUUGGAGUCUGUUUGAUUGAGUGUGUGGACAGGUGUCUUUUAUACAGGUAACGAAUUCAAACAGGUGCAGUUAAUACAGGUAAUGAGUGGAGAACAGGAGGGCUUCUUAAAGAAAAACGAACAGGUCUGUGUGAGCCGGAAUUCUUACUGGUUGGUAGGUGAUCAAAUACUUAUGUCAUGAAAUAAAAUGCAAAAAUUAAUUAGUUAAAAAUCAUACAAUGUGAUUUUCUGGAUUUUUGUUUUAGAUUCCGUCUCUCACAGUUGAAGUGUACCUAUGAUAAAAAUUACAGCCCUCUACAUGCUUUGUAAGUAGGAAAGCCUGCAAAAUCGGCAGUGUAUCAAAUACUUGUUCUCCCCACUGUAGCUCAAGUGUCUACAACUUGAAUUUUUCACACCCCUCUGACUGGGUUACAGGGUCACAGAAAGUGUCUCCCCGGUAGAAUUGUGACCGCUUUAUUCAAGGAAGUGAAUGUCUGAAUUAUGUGAAUUCAAGGCAAUUUAUUUAUACAUCUUAGAUAAGUAUGGUUAUAUUUCAUGAAGGUUGGUUUUGUGACAUUCUAUUCUCCAGGGACGCCACCAAACUCCUUAGUCUUGGAAUCUCCAUUCACCAACAUCCGAGAGGAGGCCAAGAGCCAUCCCUUCUCUAUGGCAAGCAUUUCCUCUUAAUCCCUUGACUACAUGUUGAAUCUUAUUUCAUUUUAUUUUAUGUGAAGUUUAUUUCUUUAUUUUCUUAACUACCAUCUGUGUCAUUACAUCUUGUAGGUCUACCGCUACUUUCCAGGCUUUGAAUGGUUCUUUAUAGAUACCAUAUCAGCAAAUGGCAUUCGAUUUGCCAGUGACGAAAAGUAGGUUGAACUUGAUUCUUUCCAGACCAUUUAGUUUAACGUUAGAUUCAAAGCAGUGUUAUGUCACUUGUUCCUGCUCAUAUGUUUCAAAAUAGAGUAUUCACACACAGUGCUAGCUGUGCCACUAGAGAUCCUGGUUCGAAUCCAGGCUCUGUCGUAGCCGGCCGCGACCGGGAGACCCAUGGGGCUGCGCGCAAUUGGCCCAGCGUCAUCCAGGGUAGGGGAGGGAAUGGCCGGCAGGGAUGUAGCUCAGUUGAUAGAGCAUGGUGUUUGCAACGCCAGGGUUGUGGGUUCGAUUCCCACAGGGGGUAUGAUUUUUUUUUAAAAUAAUAAUGUAUGCACUGUAAGUCGCUCUGGAUAAGAGCGUCUGCUAAAUGACUAAAAUGUAAUGUAAAUGUAAUAAGACCUCCCUGACACACAAGUAUUCAUCAAGAACUCAAACCCUUGUAUCAAAUGUUAUAUCAACAGAUAAACAGACCGUGUGUGUGGUGUUUGCAUGUUAAAGAGUAGAGGCAUAGUCUGAACAUGGCCGACCCAAGCUCUGUCCAUGCCUUUUCUCCAUGUCCUCUGGUAUGUGCUGAGUGGGCUAACACAGGGAAGGUCAGACUGUAUUGUAGGUGGCCUACAGAGGACAUUCAUUCAUCUCUGUCAAGACUUUCUUUGUGCAGUACUUUCUUGUGGAGUCACCAAUUUCUAUCAAGCACCAGUAUAGUAUAAGGACCUUAGGGCCAUUAAAGGGAUACUUCAGGAUUUGGGCAAUUAUCUACUUCCCUAGAGUCAGAUGAACUUGUGAAUAUCUUUUUUAUGUCUGGUAUCCAUGAGUUCAUCUGACUCUGGGGAAGUAGAUAAAGGGCAUCAUUGCCAAAAUCCGAAGUAUCCCUUUAACAUACAGUUGAAGUCGGAAGUUUACAUACACUUAGGUUGGAGUCAUUAAAACGAGUCAACCACUCCACACAUUUCUUGUUAACAAACUAUAGUUUUGGCAAGUCGGUUAGGACAUCUACUUUGUGCAUAACACAAGUAAUUUUUCCAACAAUUGUUUACAGACAGAUUAUUUCACUUAUAAUUCACUGUAUCACAAUUCCAGUGGGUCAGAAGUGUACAUACACUAAGUUGACUGUGCCUUUAAACAGCUUGGAAAAUUCCAGAAAAUGAUGUCAUGGCUUUAGAAGCUUCUGAUAGACUAAUUGACAUAAUUUGAGUCAAUUGGAGGUGUACCUGUGGAUGUAUUUCAAGGCCUACCUUCAAACUCAGUGCCUCUUUGCUUGACAUCAUGGGAAAAUCAAAAGAAAUCAGCCAAGACCUCAGAAAGAAAAUUGUAGACCUCCACAAGUCUGGUUCAUCCUUGGGAGCAAUUUCCAAACGCCGGAAGGUACCACGUUCAUCUGUACAAACAAUAGUACGCAAGUAUAAACACCACAGGACCUUGCAGCCGUCAUACCACUCAGGAAGGAGACGCAUUCUUUCUCCCAGAGAUGAACGUACUUUGGUGCGAAAAGUGCAAAUCAAUCCCAGAAAACAGCAAAGAUGCUGGAGGAAACAGGUACAAAAGUAUCUAUAUCCACAGUAAAACGAGUCCUACAGUGGGGAGAACAAGUAUUUGAUACACUGCCAAUUUUGCAGGUUUUCCUACUUACAAAGCAUGUAGAGGUCUGUAAUUUUUAUCAUAGGUACACUUCAACUGUGAGAGACGGAAUCUAAAACAAAAAUCCAGAAAAUCACAUUGUAUGAUUUUUAAGUAAUUAAUUUGCAUUUUAUUGCAUGACAUAUGUAUUUGAUCACCUACCAACCAUUAAGAAUUCCGGCUCUCACAGACCUGUUAGUUUUUCUUUAAGAAGCCCUCCUGUUCUCCACUCAUUACCUGUAUUAACUGCACCUGUUUGAACUCGUUACCUGUAUAAAAGACACCUGUCCACACACUCAAUCAAACAGACUCCAACUUCUCCACAAUGGCCAAGACCAGAUAGCUGUGUAAGGACAUCAGGGAUAAAAUUGUAGACCUGCACAAGGCUGGGAUGGGCUACAGGACAAUAGGCACGCAGCUUGGUGAGAAGGCAACAACUGUUGGCGCAAUUAUUAGAAAAUGGAAGAAGUUCAAGAUGAUGGUCAAUCACCCUCGGUCUGGGGCUCCAUGCAAGAUCUCACCUCGUGGGGCAUCAAUGAUCAUGAGGAAGGUGAGGGAUCAGCCCAGAACUACACGGCAGGACCUGGUCAAUGACCUGAAGAGAGCUGGGACCACAGUCUCAAAGAAAACCAUUAGUAACACACUACGCCGUCAUGGAUUAAAAUCCUGCAGCGCACGCAAGGUCCUCCUGCUCAAGCCAGCGCAUGUCCAGGCCCAUCUGAAGUUUGCCAAUGACCAUCUGGAUGAUCCAGAGGAGGAAUGGGAGAAGGUCAUGUGGUCUGAUGAGACAAAAAUAUAGCUUUUUGGUCUAAACUCCACUCGCUGUGUUUGGAGGAAGAAGAAGGAUGAGUACAACCCCAAGAACACCAUCCCAACCGUGAAGCAUGGAGGUGGAAACAUCAUUCUUUGGGGAUGCUUUUCUGCAAAGGGGACAGGACGAUUGCACCGUACUGAGGGGAGGAUGGAUGGGGCCAUGUAUCGCGAGAUCUUGGCCAACAACCUCCUUCCCUCAGUAAGAGCAUUGAAGAUGGGUCGUGGCUGGGUCUUCCAGCAUGACAACGACCCGAAACACACAGCCAGGGCAACUAAGGAGUGGCUCCGUAAGAAGCAUCUCAAGGUCCUGGAGUGGCCUAGCCAGUCUCCAGACCUGAACCCAAUAGAACAUCUUUGGAGGGAGCUGAAAGUCCGUAUUACCCAGCGACAGCCCCGAAACCUGAAGGAUCUGGAGAAGGUCUGUAUGGAGGAGUGGGCCAAAAUCCCUGCUGCAGUGUGUGCAAACCUGGUCAAGACCUACAGGAAACAUAUGAUCUCUGUAAUUGCAAACAAAGGUUUCUGUACCAAAUAUUAAGUUCUGCUUUUCUGAUGUAUCAAAUACUUAUGUCAUGCAAUAAAAUGCAAAUUAAUUACUUAAAAAUCAUACAAUGUGAUUUUCUGGAUUUUUGUUUUAGAUUCCGUACAUGCUUUGUAAGUAGGAAAACCUGCAAAAUCGGCAGUGUAUCAAAUACUUGUUCUCCCCACUGUAUAUCGACAUAACCUGAAAGGCCGAUCAGCAAGGAAGAAGCCACUGCUCCAAAACCGCCAUAAAAAAGCCAGACUACGGUUUGCAACUGCACAUGGGGACAAAGAUUGUACUUUUUGGAGAAUUGUCCUCUGGUCUGAUGAAACAAAAAUAGAACUGUUUGGCCAUAAUGACCAUCGUUAUGUUUGGAGGAAAAAGGGGGUUGCUUGCAAGCCGAAGAACACCAUCCCAACCGUGAAGCAUGGGGGUGGCAGCAUCAUGCUGUGGGGGUGCUUUGCUGCAGGAGGGACUGUUGCACUUCACAGAAUAGAUGGCAUCAUGAGGAAGGAAAAUUAUGUGGAUAUAUUGAAGCAACAUCUCAAGACAUCAGUCAGGAAAUUUAAGCUUGGUCGCAAAUGGGUCUUCCAAAUGGACAAUUACCCCAAACAUAGUUCCAAAGUUGUGGCAAAAUGGCUUAAGGACAACAAAGUCAAGUUAUUGGAGUGGCCAUCACAAAGCCCUGACCUCAAUCCUAUAGAAUAUGUGUGGGCAGAACUGAAAAAGCGUUGAGCGAGAAAGGAGGCCUACAAACCUGACUCAGUUACACCAGCUCUGUCAGGAGAAAUGGGCCAAGAUUCACCCAACUUAUUGUGGGAAGCUUGUGGAAGGCUACCUGAAACAUUUGACCCAAGUUAAACAAUUUAAAGGCAAUGCUACCAAAUACUAAUUGAGUUUAUGUAAACUUCUGACCCACUGGGAAUAUGAUGAAAGAAAUAAAAGCUGAAAUAAAUCAUUCUCUCUACUAUUAUUCUGACAUUUCACAUUCUUAAAAUAAAGUGGUGAUCCUAACUGACCUAAAACAGGGAAUUUUUACUAGUAUUAAAUGUCAGGAAUUGUGAAAAACUGAGUUUAAAUAUAUUUGGCUAAGGUGUUUGUAAACUUCCGACUUCAACUAUACUACCAACCAUGCAUGUUCAAACAGACUCCCCAAGAUCUUCAGAGACUUGAAUGUAACUGUAGCUUAUUCUUCUCUCUUCAAGUGUGGACCACAUAUCCUGUCCAUUGCUCAUCCUUCAUGCUGAGGAUGACUCAGUCGUGCCCUUUCAUCUAGGGAAGAAGGUAUCCAUUUUGGUUUGGCCUUCAUUUCUUUAUGAGGAUAAAUUGACGUCAUCCUCAUCUCGACCCCACACAACCUUCGUCUGGUCCUCCUUUUGCGGAGGAUACAGGAAGCUAUUUGAUCUACAAAAAAAUGUAAUAGUUGAUUUAAUACAGAUAAUUAAUAUCCUGUACAAUUUACAAUCAGCUGUAGUCUUGGCAACAACUCACGCUAGUUACUAUUCAAAUUCCUCUCACUUCAAUUAUCUAAAAUUGAUGGUCUUUUAUGAUGCCUUUAAAACUCCCCAAAUUUAAGAUAAGAAAUUAGAAUUUUCUAAAUGAAUUCUGUGUAUGCCAAUGCCACGCCAUUAUUCAUUUCAGCAUAGUUAAGUGAGCGUUGUGGGAGCUGAGUCUCGGAGACAAUUAAACUUGAAUAAUGACUUGGAAAACGCAGAGAAAUUGAAUUAAUUCGAUUUUUAAUUACUAUUGUUUUUAUUUAUUGGUAAUCUUAUUUCAAUGGGAAACCUAAAUGGCAAAAUACCAGUUUCAAUGCCUUGUUUUCUAAACCCCUCAAAUGUGCAUCACUACUGCACCACUGCAGACCUCUGUGUAACGCUCUGCAUCACAGAACACUCAUAGUUAACAGCAGGGCCAGGUCUAUAUUUGCUAUUCUUUUAAACUGGACUGAACACGAGGCUCCCAUUACUCCAUUGUUUGUGUUUGUCUAAUUCCCUUUCCUUCCUCCUCCCCUCAGCUGUACAACAUAGCUUCCCAGUCCAAGAGCCUGAGUGGACACAAGGUCCAGUUCAUCCCCUUUCCUGUCUCACUGUCCUACAAGCACAAGUUAAUCUAUAGGAGUCCUGAGCUGCCACACAUACUCAGGUACAGCAGCUAGACCAGCUGGACACAGAUACACAGUAACAAGGAAUGUCUCACUGUUGACACUGUUGAGUGUCUGUCUCACUGUGUCAUGACCGUUAGGCCAACUAAGCAGCAAUUAUUAAAUGGAGGCAAUUAGUUGUACAGUUGAUGUCUACAUUCUUGGCCGUCUUUGUACUGACAUGAAGAGUCAUGCUCAAUGUAAUUUUGUUUUGUUUUUCUUACAGUGACUUCCUUGGCACGAUUCAUCCCCAUGCUUAA